AUGGAGGGCCCCGGGGAGCGGCGGCAGCGGGCGGUGCGGAGCAAGGGGAGCGCCGGGCGCGGCUCCUCCGGCGGCGGCGAGCCGAGGGAGAGGGAGGGCGGCCCCGCGGGCAGCGGGCGCGGCCGCCCCGCCAGGGCAGCCCCGGGAGGAGGGAGGCGGCCGGGGGGCUCCGCGGAGAGCGGCGGGGAAGCGGCGGUGGCGGUGCCCCCGCUGAGGCUGCGGGCGGUGCUGUCGCAGCUCAGCCUGGGCCGGAGGGACGUGUCCGAGGCGUCGGGGCUGGUGAACCAGGUGGUGUCGCACCUCAUCCAGGCCAUCCGCGGCAGGGACGGCGGCUUCGGCACCAUCAGCAGGCUGGGAGCCGGCAGCUACUACGAGCGCGUCAAGAUAUCUGAGCCAAACGAGUUUGAUAUCAUGCUUGUAAUGCCUAUCGCGAGGAUUCAGCUAGAUGAGUGUGAUGACACUGGAGCCUAUUAUUAUCUAACGUUCAAAAGAAACCCAAAGGAAAAGUAUUUGAACAGGUUUUUAGAUGAAGACGGAAAAUUAUCAGCCGAUAAAAUGCUUACAGCACUAAGAAAAAUUAUUAAAGAAGAAGUAAAAAACAUUAAAGAUGUGGAAGUAACUGUGAAAAGGAGAAAGGCUAGAAGUCCUGCAAUAACUCUACUGAUCAAAAACUCUUCAGCAGAAAUAUCAGUGGACAUCAUCUUGGCUUUGGAAGUUCAGCAGAGCUGGCCUCCCAGCACUCAGGACGGCCUCAACAUUGAACGGUGGCUAGGAAGAAAAGUCAGGAGAGAGCUCAGAAAUAAACCGAUUUAUUUAGUAGCCAAGCAAAACAAAAAAGAAAAGGUUCCAAGAGGAAACACCUGGCGAAUCUCUUUCUCACAUAUUGAAAAGGCCAUGAUGAACAACCAUGGCAGCAUAAAGACAUGCUGUGAAACCGAUGGAGCAAAAUGUUGUAGGAAAGAUUGUCUCAAACUUCUGAAGUAUCUUCUAGAGAAACUUAAAAUGAAAUACACAAAAGAAUUGGAAAAAUUUUGUUCCUAUCAUGUCAAAACCGCCUUUUUUCACUCAUGUGUCAUUUGGCCAAAUGACACAGACUGGCAGUACGAAAACCUGGAACACUGUUUUCAGAAUUACUUGGGGUAUUUUCUGCGUUGUCUGCAAGAUUCUCAGCUGCCGCACUUUUUUAUUCCCCAAUACAACUUGCUCAGUCCGGAUGACAAAGCAAGCAACCAUUUCCUUUCCAGACAAAUAAAUGAUCAAUUGAACAACAGAUUCCCAAUAUUUCAGCAGGGAUAUUAAAAAAGUUAUGUACAGUAACUACCUGAAAGCAAAUCAAGUAGAUUUGCGUAUUGUAAAAUGUGUUUAACACCUCAAGCUACGUCUCAGUAGUUUGAUACUAUCAAAAAACAACACCAAACCCUUAAAAGAAACUGGAAAUUUUAAUUAAUAUUUGAUAGAGUUAUGAAGGCAACCUGACUGUAAUGUGAAAAAUCCCAACAUGAGAUGACUGCUAAACACAGAAGAAAACAUGCACCAGCUUGGAAACUUGAGAACUUGACCUUCAACCUAACAACAGCCUGGGACCAAAGGCCAUCCCUGAAAUGUGGCUGAAUAGCUCAUACCAGUCAUCAUUGUUACACCUAUACAUACAUUAUAUAUAUUUACAUUAUAUAGAUGGGUACAUAUAUAUGUACAUAUACAUACAUAUUACAUAUAUCCUACAAGAAACUGAGCUGCUUAAGCACAUGCAGAGAAAAGCAAUGAAGCUGGUGAAGGGACUGGAAGACAGGACUUCUGAGGGGAGACCUCAUCACUCUACAACUGCCUGAAAGGAGGCUGCAGUGAGGAGGGUGUUGGCCUCUUUUCUCUCAGCUGAGAGGGUCAGUUCUCUCCAAUGUUUUUAUACGACUUGGACACAGGACUUGCAUGCACACCGAGUUUGCUGAUGAUGGAAGAGCUAUGAGGAGCUGUUGCUCCCUUGAAGACAGAAGCACCUUGCAGAGAGAUCUUGACUAGAGAGCUGGGCAAUGACCAAGCACAUGAAGCUCAACAAGAGCAAGUGCCAGAUUUGGCUACCUGGGACAGGGCAAUCCUGGACAGACCUGUUCUUUGCAUAGAAUCUUUAAGGUUGGAAACGACAUUCAAGAUCAUCUGGUCCAACCAUCCCCCUACCGCCAAUGUCACCCACUAAACCAUGUCCCUAAGCACCACGUCCAACCUUUCCUUAACACCCCCAGGGUGUAACACCCUGAACAGUGUUAAGGACAGUGACUCCACCACGUCCCUGGGCAACCCGUCCCAAUGCCUGACUGCUCUUUUUGAGAAAGAGCAUCUCAGAAAUUCCAGUCUGAACCUCCCCAGUGCAACCUGAGGCCAUUCCCUCUAGUUCUAUCACUAGUUACUUGUGAGAAGAGGCCCAGCUCCCCACCCCUUCCUUUCAGGUAGCUGUAGAGAGCAAUAAGGUCUCCCCUGAGCCUCCUCUUCUCCAGACUAAACACCGCCAGUUCCCUCAUAGGACUUGUGUUCCAGGCCCUUCAUCAGCUUCGUGGCCUUUUGUAGCUGGGGGAUGAGAGGCUGAAGAGCAGCCUCGCAGAAGGGGAUGGGGGGGUUCUGGUUGAUAGCACAUAUCACUCUGCUGCUAUAGUACUGACUUUCCUACCUCAAAUCACUUUUCUACUUGUAAUUGCUGCUACUGUUAAUUAGUACUGUAUCCUUAGUAUUUGUUACAUAUAUACACAAAUACUUGUGCCUUAGUGAUAACUCUAAUAUAUACAUAGAUAAAAGCUCUUUGCCUUAUUAAUCAUAGUAUUAUUGCUAGUAGUAUUGCUAGUAGUGAUUUGCAGUACUUUAUAAUAAAGUAACAAUCUUUAAUAAACAAAGACUCCCAAGUC